CAGCAGCAGAAAAACAAGAAAAACUAACUAAAAAAUAAAUAAAAGUCAAGAGAGAGAGAAAAAGAGAGAAGUGAGAGAAAAUAUAUAUAUAUAUUUCGAAAUCGCAUGUGCCAUUUUGUAAGCUUUAAAAACCACAGUAUUAACAACCGAAAUCUGAAAAAUGUCCUGCAUAUCGAGCAACUUUAGCUCCUUUUUUCUCAAUUCGCUCAACGAUCCUUCAGAGUUUUCCAAGUACUUGAGCAAUGGCGAGCUCAAAUGCUCGAAUUUCGAGGAAUUUCAAGUGUUUGGCUGCGCAGGCGCAACGCCGCAGCAGCAGCACCAGCAGCAACAACAAUUGCAGCAGCUACAACAACAACAGUAUUCCACACACUCACACCUAACCAAUGGCGGCAGCGCAACAGACUUUUACGAAUCAGCAGCAGCGACACAGGCAACAGCAGCAGCAGCGUUAACGUCGCAGCGGGAAACCUGCGCGGGCAGUGCUGCAUCCAGCUCAGGUAGCACCGUUAUAGCCGAUACCAGCGUCGCGGCGGCGCCGACGUCGGUAGCAACACCCACAGGAUCUUCCGUUUCUACUGGUGGCGCAGGAGGUGCCGGAGGAUCAAUAACGGCAACCCCCCUGCUCCCCAGCAAUCGAUGGCCCACGGCUGUGGCCACGCCCAACGGCCAUGCCUCCGGAGUUGCAGCCGUGGGGGCAGCUGCAGCAGCUUCGGUGCCACAGCAUUUUGAUGGAUCCUUCGAGUUUAUCAAAUACCUACGCCAUUCGACAGACUUUACGCCCAGCCCCAGUCCCAGUUCGGUUAGCGAGGGUGCUGUCGGCUGCCCGGAGAAAGGGAAGUCGAUGCUACCCGGCAGCACGCCACCACCGCCCGCCCAGUCGCCGGUGGCCGGUGGACUGAUCGAUCUGGACACGAGUACACCGCAGAAAUCGAGAUCAGCCUCCCGCAAGGUGGCCGCCUUGUUGUCUUCCGUUUCGCGGGCUUCCAACAGUCUGGUGGAUACCAGCACUUCGGCCUUGGACGUCUUCGACCACGACUCGAAGCAGACUAUUUUUGAUCUGCAGCACAUGGCGUCGAAUGGAUCCUCCAACUCAAAUGAGUCUUCUCUAGAGAUGCUCGCGUUUCCCAACUCGCACCUGAAUGCCUCCAAUUCAAACACUUCCUCGGAGGGAGCGGCCUGCGGGAGUGCGGGGGAAUUUGGAGGCCUGCUAACCGGUGCCAGUUGUUCAUCCUCGACGGCAUCCUCGUCUUCGCAUGCGCCAAAGCUUUUGGGUACCUUCGUGAUCAAGGAGAACUUCGAGGUUCAUCCAUCGCACAAGGUUGAAGAAGGGAUCUUCCAGCACAUGAACAAGCUUCCCUCAAAAAAGAAGGACACGCUAAAGCAGCUGGGCGUUCGGUUCACUGGCCAGAUGACGCUAACGGAUAAAUCGAUUGUGGUGGAGAACUUUAUCAAAUUCUGCGAGGAAUAUGAUAUCAAGGAUCAUAGGCCGUGGCUGUCGCUGAACCAAUGCGGCCUAAACAAACCCGAACAGAUCAAGUUCGCUCGAUAUCUGGGACAGGGCCUGCCGACGUUCACGCUCUUCUGCAUUUAUAGCAAUUUUAAGAAUCUGUUUUGCACCAAACGCACAGAAAUCUACACGAAGGACGGCUACAAUCUGCCUUAUAUACUCGACAAAACCAAGCGCUUCCUGGCCAACACAACAGCUGACCUCAAGAACAUGGCCGCCGCCAACGAUGGCUCCCUGGAGUUCGCCUCCAGUGGUGGCAACAGCAGCAGUAGCAGCAGCAACAGCAACACGAGCAAUAGCAACAGCAGCAGCAGCGGGGCCGGCAUUGCCAGCAGCAGCAACGUCGUGCCUGGAAUCAAUCCGCCAGCCUAUGUAACGGCUCCGCCGGCACAGCAGCAGCAACAUCCGCAUCCACAUCAGCAUCCGCAUCAACAACAUCAGAUGGCGACCAUGGAUCCGCGGUACGGCUGUGGGGCACCUGCGCCGUUGCUGCCACCGCCGCUGCCAAUGCCGGCACUGGGACCACCGCCGCGAUCCCUGGAGCAGAUGAUCAUCUACGAGAACUUUGACGUGCACGAGACGCACCGGAUCGAGGACGGGGUUUGCACACACAUUAGCCGCCUGCCGCCCAAGAAGCAGGAGCUAUUGAAACAGUUCGGUAUACAGAGUAGUAGCCAGCAAUGUCUGAGCAAUUAUGAAAAGUACAUACUCAUCGAAAACUUCAUCAAGUUUUGCAAUGAAUAUCAGAUAUCCGAUCAUCGACCCUUUUUGGACUUCCACGAGAGCGCUUUAUCCAAAUGUGAACAACUUAAAUUUGUACGAUAUCUGGGCCAGGGGCUAUCCAAUCUGACGCUAAACAAGAUCUACGUUGCUUUCAAGGAGCUGCUGGGCAACGGCAGGCCCGAGAAAGCUAGCAUGGAGGGCUAUAACCUGGAUACUCUGUUGAAGAAGAAACGCAAAAAUUUAUACAAUCGCAUGCAUGCAGCUGCUCCCAGCAUCGACCUAACCGCCUAUGAGGCAUCACAGGCCCAGCAUAAUCCACAAGCACACCUGGCCACGCCACGCCCUCAUCACGCCUUCGCCGCCUUAAAUGCGGUGACGCGCAGCGAAGUAUGCAACGAAUUGACGCACACGGGCUUGCAGUACAGUUACGCCGCUGCCGCAGGACCUCGGUAAAAUAGUGGCCGCAGCAAGGGCUUGUAUCCUGGAAUCCGCAAUAGAUGAUCAGAUCGCACACAUAUACAUAUACAUACAUACUUCUUCCUGGAACUGGACCAGUAACUGUUGUGUCUUCAAAAUAAUGAAAAACAAAAAAAGAAUUGUUAAGCGAGAAACCAUUGAAAACUAAGUGCUAAAUUAAAGCGGCAGAACGUAAUACCAGGAGACACUAGUAAAAUUAGCCUAAAUGUUAACAAAAUUAAACUUUAAUCGAAUGAAAUUCAAUUAAGCCAACCCAGAAAUUAACACACGCAAAAGCCGGCAGGCAGACAGGAGAGAAAGGAUUAGAUUAAGCCCAGAAUAACCAUAUACAAUAUACAUAUAUACGAGUAUAUUAUAUACACGGUACAGGAGUUCCACAGGAAUGGCUAUGGUUUUGAAAAGCAAUGCCCCGCAGUUUGCAAAGAAAUAUUUGUAUAUCCCACAUUUCCAAAUCCAAAGGCAGUUCUGUGGGUCGCCUGAUAAAUACAUAUAUAUAUAUAUAUUUCUGUAGUUGCCAUAGCGCAUAGGGUGCUGCACACACACACUUCCACAUGGCCAAAAUCUUGGCCAGAACUAAAAUAUAACCUAUAUAGCUUCGGUUUCCAGCCAUAUGACCCCCGUAUACCAUGUCCCCCAGACCGCAUUAGCUGGAUUAGCCUCUAGAUGUAAGAUGAAGGAAAAGAAAUACCAAAUCAAAAACGACCUCCCAAUGAAAGUUCCCUAAAAAAAAGUAUAUAACUAGUAGAGUCUAUAGUUCGUAAGUGGAGACAAAUUUUUAGCAUAGAACUGGCGGGGGCGGUUAACAAAACUAAAUAUUCCUAUAUACAAUAUACAACAACAACAUAUUAUAUACAACAAGAAGCAGCAUCAAAUUCAAAGUGGAUUAUACGCAAA